AUGCAUGUUGCCGUCUUUGCAUUCCCUUUUGGUUGCCAUGCUCUUUCUCUCAUUAAUCUAGUGCAGAAGUUAGCAAUGGCUGCGCAGGAAACACAAUUUUCCUUUUUUAACACAGAAAAAUCCAACAAUUCAAUCUUUUUAUCAUCAAGGACCAACCUACCUGAUAACAUAAAAGCCUACAAUGUAGCGGAUGGCGUGCUGCCGAAUCAUGUAUUUUCAGGAGAUCCAAUGGAAAGAGUUGAGCUGUUCAUCAAGGAAACGCCAGAAAAUUUUAAGAUGGCAUUGGACAUGGCAGUGGCAGAAACUGGCCAAAAAAUAAGUUGCUUGAUAACAGAUGUGUUCUUGUCCUUUGCUGGAUCAAUCGCUGAGAAUGUCAGCAUUCCUUGGAUCCCAGUUUGGAUCCCAGUUCCUCAUUCCCUCUCUACACACAUUUAUACUGAUUUGAUUCGCCAACAUUACGCCAGCUUUCUUAGUCAUGGUUGCAGCAAUAGUGGCAGAGAUGGCAACGAUGUAGAGCUUGAAGACAAAACCUUGGAAAUUCCUGGAUUAUCUGAAUUGCACAUUGCGGAUUUGCCUGUUGAAGUGUUGCCAAGAGAUGCACAAGAAACACUCUUUUCUUGCAUGUUAGGUCAAAUUAGUAACAUGGUGCCACAAGUAGAUACUCUAGUUAUGAACUUUUACGAAGAGCUCUACCCUGAACCGCUCUUAAAUGAUUUCAAAUCCAAGUUUUUGAACCUGCUUAAUGUCGGCUUCUUUAGCCUAUCUAUGCCACCAUCAAUUGAAGAUGCCACUGGUUGUCUAUCAUGGUUGGAUAGCCAAAAAGCUAAGAUGGUGGCGUAUAUCAGCUUUGGAACUGUAGUCAAUAUUCCUCACGGUGAGAUAGAAGAACUAGCAGAGGCUCUUGAAGUGAGUAGAAUUCCAUUCCUUUGGUCUCUUAGGGACAAUAUAAGGGAUUGUUUGCCAAAUGGAUUCCUAGAAAGGACUAUAAUGCACGGAAAGGUGGUUCCAUGGGCACCUCAGACUCAAGUAUUAGCACAUAGCUCAAUAGGUGUCUUCAUGACACAUUGUGGAGCUAAUUCUGUGUAUGAGAGUAUUGCAAAUGGGGUUCCGAUGAUCUGCAGACCUUUCUUCGCGGAUAAUAAGUUGAAUGCACGAUUAAUAGUGGACAUUUGGAGAAUUGGUGUGAGAAUUGAUGGAGGUGUUUUUACAAAGACCGGAGUUACCAAGAGCUUAGACCUCAUUUUGAAAAAUGAACAGGGAAGAAUAAUUUGGAGCAGAAUCCAAGUCCUUAAAGAGAUUGUAUCGAAGGCAUCUGCACCUGGCGGCCAUGCUACGCAAGAUUUCAAAACUUUAGUGGAAAAGAUCACAUCGGAGUAA